AUGACAGAGGUGACCAAGUUACCGGCCAACUGCGACCGUCUUGUGCUUCUUGAUGAGGCGGCAAUGGCGGCGUGCGGCCAGAAACACGUCUACUUCCGCUCGCUCGCCCCAACAGCAGCAACAUCUUCAUCCCCGUCGUCCCCCACUGCCGCUGUGGAGGUGCCGCUGCCGAAGCAUGUUGGCUGUUGCGCGCCGUGGCACCCGCCCGGUGCCCCACUGGAACAGUGUGGCGCCUUCUACGCCGAGGCGGGGCGCAUACACUUCCGCCGCUGCGGUGCCGCACAGGAGCAACGAGACGUGCUGGAGUCUCCGCCACCCGCCGCCGCUGCGGUCGAGGAGAUGGAGGUCUUCUUCGGCACAACGCUCGUUGUGCGCACCGCGGAGGAGGUUUUGUGCUACGCGCUGGAUCCUUCCAGUAACGCCGACGCAACUUUGACCCCGCUGCCGCCGUUGAUUGGCCGCGCCCAACUACCCCACAGUUCUAUAACAAAGGCACCAGCAGGAGUAGCAGUCAUGAUGGGGGCAGCACCCACUGGCCCCACGUCAGACGACGCCGACCACGCCUUUGCUGUCGUGGUGCAUGACGGUGCCGCGGAUGGGCGGGUCGACGCGUUGCUGCUGGCGGUGGGGCAAUCUCGUGUGACAGUGCGGCAACGAACAGCGGCGGGUGGCCUCACCCUGCCGCACGGCUCUAGCGCGCUGCGCUGCUGGUCGUUCGACUGGUCGCGGCGCGCGGUGCUCUUCGUCCUCGGCGAUGGCAACUACACCUGCACGCUGGCGCUGGACGCGAUGGC